AUGUCACGUCAACCUAGAAGCGGCUUGCACUCCCACUCUUCUCUUGGGUGUUGUCUCAUUCCCCCAGCAAUCAACGUCCAGGUUUUUCCAAGCCGGCAUCUGGUGGGCCGGGUGGGGGAGUUUGAAGGCGAGCUCAACUAUUACCUGCCAACGCGUUUAAGGAAUCACCGGGAGCGAGUCAACCUUGUCGUUCGCCCAUUGGGCUGCCCUCUCGACGCCUCCCGCCUCUCCAACGUCUUCAUGGGCUUCUUCAAACACCUCCACGCCAAGCCUUCCCCCGCCAGCUUCAAUGGCACUCCAAUCAAGCCGAGUGAAGCCUCUUGUGUCACCUCACGUGACAUCUCAGGUGGCGGUUCAAGUGAUAGUUCCAAUGGCAGUGCAGAGAGCAGCUCAAGUGGCUAUCUAAGAAAUGGUAUCGGAAACGUUACAAGUGCUGCAGCAGACAGUGCUUCAAUGGAAAGUGCUGCAGCAGAGAGUGUCCCAGGCGAGUCAGACUGGGUGAAGAAGCUCGGGUGCCACGGCCCUCCCUGCCCCUCCUUUGGCUCAUGCACCGCCCGCUUCCCCAACGUGCAGGCCUGCUGGAACCCCCACCUCGUGGACGAACCCGAGACUGAAAUCGCCCCUCCUAUGAAUUGCCCUUAUAAAAAUGAUAGCAUCGCGUUGGAGAAGUGGAGGAAGGGAGCGGGGUUGGCCCCGUUUGACGAGACGUGCUCGAGCCGAAGAGAUUUCAACUCGCGUGUGGCGAGCGCGCUGCAGGUGAUGCGGCUGGAGGAUGUGUUUAUGACGCACAACGGGUCCAUUCUCAACCGCACGCACGUGUUCGUGAGGAACGAGUGUGGGCGCUUCCCUAGAACGGUUAAGUAUGAGGCGAAUCACAUGGUGCACCAUGUGCCAACCGUGUUCAACUAG